UCCUUUGGGGAGACGUUAGGCUCGAGCGGAAACUUCGAAUAAACCGAGAGCGGGAAGGCGGGAAAACCGAGAGAGAAAAUUCACAACACCCGAGAUGGAGGCCCAGAUGCAAGAAUUUAAAGCGUUAGCUGGAGAAAUGUCGAUUAUCCUCUCAGGCUCUCAUGGGGAAGUGCUGUUGCAGAAAGCCAUGAUGAAUAAAGCAAAAACUUUGAAUAGGUACCUGGAAUUUGAAAGAUCAGUGAAGCAACUGCUUACAGAAAUACAACAGACACGGGAGAAGGUGGCACUGAAAGUUAUAGAGAUUGGAGAAGAACAGCAGAAAAGCUUUCUGGAGGUGCAGAAGAUUCAGGAACAGUGGAAAAAUAGUCAACAGCAGUACAUUCAGAAAGAAGCAGAAUUAAAAAUGUUACAGCAAGAUCUGGAGGAGCUUGAAAGGACUGAAAAAGAAAUAACCAAAAUAGAAGAAGAGGUAGCUGAAGACACAACAGUAAUUAUUCCUUCUACCAAGUACUUGGCUCACAUUUUCCAUAAGGUCACGAAGAUCAUUUGGGACUAUGACAGCGAUCCAUCUCUUGUGAAAGGUGUUCAUUUUGGGACAGAUAUAGCACAUCCCAUUAAUAUAGACUCUACCAAGCACUCUGAGAGUUUCAUCUGUGAUUAUCUGUGGAACCUGUUGAGCACGGAUUGGUAAAUUGUUCUCUGAGCAAGUAUGGAGACAGGUGAACUGUUCAUUUUGAAUUGCUGUUUUUAUACAUCUAACAUUUUUGAAGUAAUGGCUUCAAUCUAGAAAAAUGUAAUUUUGGAAGUCUUACUGGUGGACUCAUGAGUGUGCGGUGUUUGACAAAAUAUAGACUAAUCCCCCGAGUGACUUGCAUGUGGCAACAUGUGCAGUGCUUUUUGUAAUGAUAUUGCUGAAACUGGAAAUUCGUACCUUUUGAGAACUUGCAACAUAAACCUGUGUGCCACCACUCCAUAUCAUAGAAUACUGUAAAAUUAUAUUUUUUUUGCAAAAUAAGUCUAUGUUUAUGUGAACUUUUACAAAAACAUUUAAAUGAUUGGUCCAUUUGUUUUGACUAGCAUUGAUUCAUGAGUCCAGUCUACUGCGCACUUGAAUCUCAUUCUUGAUUUGUUUUGGAUAAAUAUUAUCUGUUCUUUAGUAAUGUUGUAGAUUAGUAAACAUCAAAUGAUCAUAUUAGGUUUUACUCCUUUUAAAAACUGAUUGGCUGGCUUCCUGAAAAUUGUGUGCAGCAAAUUAAAAAAUACUGGAUGCAGUACACUAGAAGUGUGCAUGUCUGAUUUCAGAACUAUAAGCAGCCAUGGCUCAUAUUGAGGCUCUGCUACUUGUCUCUCAGGGUGUGAUAGUUGCAACUGUAUCCCCCUUUUCCUAAGCUGGUUUCUAUGCUUACCUCAGUUAUAUUUUUCAGUUCUAAUAAAGUGGUUUGUUCCCUUAAUAAUUGUGGGAAUAAUCUUUUGCUUCUCUGGACUUCAAUUUGACAACUGUAGGCAACCAAUGUUUGUUGAACAGUUGGAACCUUGCAUCAGCAAAGAAGACUGGAAUUGGUGUGUUCUACCAAGGUGCAAACUUUUCACCUGUGAUUGAGAUGCUGCCCCUUAAAUUUUACUGCAAUUAUAUCAAUAACAGUCAUUAUUAAAUAGACAAUAGGUGCAGGAGUAGGCCAUUCAGCCCUUUGAGCCUGCACCGCCAUUCAAUAUGAUCAUGGCUGAUCAUUCCUAAUCAUUAUCCGCUCCCUGCCUUAUCUCCAUAACCCUUGAUUCCACUCUCUUUGAGAGCUCUAACCAACCCUUUCUUAAAUGAAUCCAGAGACUGGGCCUCCACUGUCCUCUGGGGCAGAGCAUUCCACACAGCCACCACUCUCUGGGUGAAGAAGUUUCUCCUCAUAGAGGAGAAUAAGGUAAUAACUUCCUAUUUGGCACGGUGGCUCAGUGGUUAGCACUGCUGCCUCACAGCACCAGGGUCCCAGGUUCGACUCCAGCCUUGGGUGACUGUCUGUGUGGAGUUUGCACAUUCUCCCCAUGUCUGCGUGGGUUUCCUCCCACAGUCCAAAGAUGUGCAGGUCAGGUGAAUUGGCCAUGCUAAAUUGCCCAUACUGUUAGGUCAGAGGGAAAUGGGUCUGGGUGGGUUGUUCUUCGGAGGGUCGGUGUGGACUGGUUGGGUCGAAGGGCCUGUUCCCACAUUGUAGGGAAUCUAAUCUAUUAGAAUGUCACAAUCUGUUCAACCAUCAGCUAGAUUGGUACAUAAACUAACUUGAUUAUUUCAUAACAGGAACAGCUGCAAAUUGCUAAGAAAACCUAUCCAUUCCAAUCUAAUCUAAAAUAUUUAGCUAUACAAAGGAAAGCAGGUAUAACCAUUACAUGAAGUUGUCUAAAAUGGGACUAUACUGCUAACUGCAAGUGCUUGAGUCAUAACUACAUCAGUCAGUAGUAAUCUUUCAGCCCAUGACAAAAUACAGUCCAUGUACCUCCAGCUGCUGUACCUACUGAAUUCAGCUUAGCCUGCAUGUUUUGUUCCAAGAAUUGAAAACCAGUAAAUGCAAACAUAUUUCUUGAGAGGCCAGGCAAUUGCUCAAAUAGAAGCUGGCAAAAAAGAGAGACUCAUGAGGCAGGUAUGAAAAAGUUAUAACUGGAGUGUAAUGGGAGGCAGAUAACAGUUAAAGCUUUAAAAACACAAGGGUCUUAAACAGUGAAGUAAACAUUUCCACACAGCAACUAUUAUAAUCGAAUUGUAUACAGGUUUAAUUCUCUCACCCACAUUUCUGUUACUUGCCACGACUAUGCAAUAGGCAUAUAUUGUCACAAUUAAAGUACUCCAAUCUCCCAUCCUCUGAUAGCACAUUAAUAUUUAACCCUGACUACAGUGUUACACAGAAAACGCUACAUUACUAUUUAAUAAAGUGGGAGAGAUGUAAAAUUACAUGGCAGCAGUAUUCCAAA